AGGCGGAGUUUGCCUGAAAACGGGUGGGAAAUAACAGAAGUUUUGCAGUGGAACUUUCGGUGGAGUUUGGAACCGUUUUUUUACGUUCCAUCGAGAAGAGCGAGUUUUCCGUUAACGGGAGUAACGAAGAAAAAACUUUUUAACGAUUUUGUUUUUCUUUCUUAUGAAAGCCUCGAUAAGGGCCGGAUUUUCUUCGCUCGAGCCUCGGAGGAAGACUCCUUCCACGCGCCACAGCGAGAGCGAUGCGCGGUGACUGAGCGAUGCCGUGGGGGAAUGGACAGAAUGUGCCGAAGCGGAAAUAUGGCGGCGGCGGCGGGGUCCGCUGCCCCGGGCUCGCGCUGCUCCCCACUCUGCUCCUCGCGCUCGCCUGCUUGGAGGCGUCCUCACGGGCCUCCGUUUUUGGGCCCGGCUCUGGUUCUGGGCCGGACGGCCGGGCCUGCAGCCCCUGUCCCGGGACCUGCAACUGCACCGUGGUCGGACCUCUGAGCUCGUGCGUGGUGAACUGCUCGAACCGCGGGCUGGAAUGGGCCCCGGCGGCCGCUGACUUGCCCAGCGACACCAGCACGCUAGAUCUCUCCAGAAACCAUCUCUCUUCCGUGGACUACAGCCUGUUGGAUCAACUGAUCUCCAUCAAAGAACUGUAUCUUCAGAAUAAUCGUCUUACAGCUCUUCCACAACGAGUGCUUGGCUGUGGCUCAUUAGCUGUGCUAGAUUUGAGCAACAACCAGGUCACCACCAUUGAGGGAAGACUGUGUGAUAAUUUAUUUAAUUUAACUACGAUUGAUCUGAGUGGUAACCCGUUUGUGUGUGCCUGUACGCUGGUGGAGUUGGUCAGUGGGCUGAAGAGGAGAGGGGUCACUCUGAGGAAAGCUGAUCAGAUGCUGUGUGAUCGACCCCCCAACCUGAAGGACCAACCGCUGCUCAACAUCAGCUCACAGACCUGCAAGUUGUAUUACGCUGGGUGUCUGAAGGGGAGCGACCCGGUGAUCUUCCCGUUCCUGAAGGAGGGAAAUUUCUCGCGGGAGGAGUGUAACUCCCGCUGUUUUCUGGAUAAGCAGCACUACGGAGGUCUGGGGAAAUACGGCGAGUGUCUCUGCAGCACCAACUCAGAGCUCAACCACAUCAGCGAGGCUCAGUGCUCCGCCGUCUGCUCCAAACCCGACGUCAUGAGAGAGUGCGGCCUGACGCUGGCCAGAGACGCCUUCCAGGUGGAUUUCUCGGUGAACGUAUCGGACGUCCGCUGCAGCGUCCACACCGAAGCCGUCCUGACCGCCUCCUCGUCCGUGCUCCCCGUCUCUCUGUCCUGGGACUUCGGUGACCUUUCACCCCGAGUUAACACCUCCAGCCCCUCCACUAGGGGGCAGCACAAGUACGGCGUCCCGGGACGCUACAGGGUCCAGCUCAGCGCCUCCGCCGCCGAUAAAGAGGUGCCGGCGGUGGGUGAGGUCACAGUGGUCCUGCCCCCGAGACUGGAGCUCCACUGUCCGUCACUGCUGGUGGCCAAUCAGAGCCUGGAGGAGGCGGUGACUCUGGUGAACUGGGGCGGAGUGGGCGUGGCCGUGGACUGGAUUAUCAGGAAGGACGGAAGUGAGGUGGCGAGAGCUGAGCCGGUGUGUGUGUCGGACGCUGUGAGGCAUGCUGACUCCUCGAGAUGUUUCCAGCUGGUUCCAGGCGAGUUCAGCUGGUCCGAGGCCCGGCGGCAGUGUUCAGCUCGCGGAGGAGAACUCGCCAUAGUCAGAACUUCAGACGUCCAGAACCUGCUCGCCCCUCAUAUUACACAAGAGCGCGGCGUCUGGCUGGGUCUCAGUGAUGUUGAUACUCCGGGGACGCUGCACUUGGACGGGUCUCCGGCUCGGCCGGGGGAGGACGGAGCGAGGGACCGGGCCACUCUGGUGGACGGGAACGUCUGCGUGUCUCUGGACCAGAACGGGCAGAACAGUGCGCACCCGUGCAACGCCAAACGAGCCUUCUUCUGCAGUCACACACCAAGAGUGCGUGUAUCUGAUGGAGGAGUGUUCAGGGUGGGGAUGAGUGUGUUUAACGCUCAGAGACCCCUGACUGUUCCUGAGGUUUCACCCAGUCCUACAGCAUACACACAGGCCAACACAGUGGAGCUCCUGCUGUUUCCGGCGGUGAGUUUUGGACUCAGUGGUCGUCUCUCGUCUCUGGAGAUGAUCACUCGUUCUCUGAGCUCUCUCACACAGGUGCGCUUCCAGGUGUACCGCCCUCACUGCCAGCCCGGACUCCUGCUCCUGCCAGGUUGUGGCGAUCUCUGCGCCCCCAUCGCCGUGUGCCGGACCCCCGACGUGCAGCAUCUGAAUACCAGCUCCGCCCCCACAUAUGAAGCCCCGCCCUGCCCCGCCCUCCAACAGUGGUGCCCCUACUCCUCCUCCUGCCUGCCCCUCAGAUACCCAUGCUCCCCCGACUCCUGCCCCAACUGCCCCGGGGUGGAGGCCCUGCCCCUCGCCGCUCUGCGCCCGCACUACCGCCUGGUGGGGGAGGUCCUGUUCACGCUGCCCCCCGGACCCCCCGCACACGUACUGGUCCAGAAGGAGCUGGAAGACCUGCUGGUUUCCCCGGGAGAUUUCAUCGGCCUCCAGCACGACGCCGGACCCUCCGGUCUGCUCGGCUACUCCUCCGACCCUUCGUCACCAUGGAAACAGAGCUUCCUGGUCCAGAACCGCUCCGAUUGGCUGGACGCUAACGAGACCCUGGAGACAGGUGGCGACGGAGAGUGGGUCGUGGAGGCGGUGUGUCCAAUCAGGGUGCUGUACGUCCAGCAGAACCAAACCAAACUCCGCGGCCAGUUUCUCAAAUCCGGUCUGAACCAGCCGGGCGACUACAGCCUGGAAGUGACAUCACUCGACCCCGACUUCCCGGUGUCCACUUCCUGUCCGGUCCACGUCAUCCCCCCACUCGGCCUCACCGUCGUCCACCCGGCCAGCAAGAACGGCGUAGUCUACUUCCUACCCAACCAGACGUCCGUCCUGGUCCAGGUACGCUCUGAACAAAGCGCUGUGAUUGGCUGGCAGGGCACCAACGACACCGUACCCUUCCAACCCUCGUGUCCACCAGCGCUGGUCCCCAAAGUGCUGGAAUGCAGAACCCCAGACCCGAACAGCGACGUCCUCUUCGCCUGGCUGGAUCUGCAGCUGGGCUCCGAGCCGCAGAUGACCCGGGUGGAGCUUCACGCCUGGAGCGAGGUGACCGAGGCCAGGCUGGACGUCAUGGCGAAGGUGGAGGAGCCGCUGCAAGGCCUUAACGUCCAGCCCCACCCCAGCCAGAGGGUGCUGAUGGAGUCUGUUGUGAGCUACGCUGCGUCUGUAGAAGGAGGGACUGAUCCCUCGUUCAGAUGGACGGUGGACGAUAAACCGUACUUCACCUACUACAACACCGUGCUCAACAUCAUCUACCAGAACGCUGCCGUCUACAAACUCACUGUAUCUGCGUCUAAUAACGUGAGCAGCCUGACGCAGGAUUUUAACGUGACAGUGGAGAAGAUGAACCCGAUGAGUGAGAUAAUCAUCCGCGGGGUUCCCAGCAUCGUCACUCAGGGGCGUCCCCAAACCCUGUCCGCCAUCCUGGAGGUGGACGUUUCAGUGGAAGCCACGUUUAGGUGGUCGUUUGGAGACGGAGGGGACGGGAUGUAUCACUUUAAGCCUCCCUACGACGACCCCCAGCAGAGCCGCGACCCCUCCAAAAAACAAGUCGCCCUGCAGAACGAUGUCAACUACACGUAUACUCAACCAGGAGAAUAUACCCUAAUGGUCUCCGUCUCCAACCGAUUUGAGAACAGAACCUGCAAAGUCGACGUCUACGUCUACAGCAUCUUAACAGUGGUGGAGAUCAAGUCUGACCCUGAGCUUCUCCAGGCUGGAAAGUCGGCCGCCUUUGAGGCUCAUCCUUUGCCGUCUCCUUACGGAAUCAUCUACACCUGGGAUUUUGGCGACAACUCCAGCAUACAGGCAGGGCGGGAGCGCAGGGUCUAUCACGAGUACAAGUACGGCGGCACGUACACGGUCUGGGUGAAUGUUAACAACACCGUCAGCAGCAUGGACAGCUGUAAGGAGAUGAUGGUGUAUGAGGACAUUGAGGGAUUGAAGGUGGAGGCGUCUCCUUGCACAGAACUGAACACCCUUACGGUCGUUACAGCAACUCUGGAAGCAGGGAACAAUGUCACUUGGACUUUUGCAAUGGGUGACGGUACUGAGAAGUCAGGCGUUGAACCACGUAUGGAACAUCGUUACAUAAAGGACGGAAACUACACGGUCAACGUCACCGCGACGAAUGCUGUCAGCUCGAAAUGGGAAGUGGUACACGUUCAUGUGUUUGUGUUGCAGGUGUUAUGGUUAGAGCCUGCUGGGUGCGUUCAGGAAAAAACGGACAUCAACUUCCACGCUUACGUGUCGGGGAAUAAAUCUGCUCACCAGUAUGUUUGGAGUUUCGGAGAUGGAACCCCCAAUGUAACUCACCGUGGAACUCCUAGCAUUGUUCACUCUUAUGACAGUAGCGGAACGUACCACCUUACCCUGCUUAUGUCCAGUACGGCAAACAAGGCUAAUUUCUUCAACUGGAUUUGCGUUCAGCCUGCGGUCACUAAUGUGACUCUUGAACCUUCGAGAAGGCACAUCAAGCUUGGAGAGGAAAGCCAGUUUACUGUGACGGCACUUCCAGAUUUUGACUACACAUACCUGUGGGACUUUGGGUUGAAGGACUACAAAGGUCCAAUACAGGGCAAAGACAAGAUGUCUUUUACCUACAAGAGCCCAGGCUUGUAUAUGGUUACCGUAACAGUCCUGAACAACAUCUCGUACAGCAACUGCACAGUGCAGAUUGAAGUUCAGCAGCUGGUGGGACUUCUGCUGAUUCAGCACAACGGAUCAAUGGGACACAAUCUUACCUUGGGGCAGGACUACACCUUCUCGUCAUCGUCAGACUCCGCCAAUGUCAUCCACAGUUGGGACUUUGGGGACGGGGCUGUCGUUCCAGGCCACUCCGUGAUACAUGCCUAUAACACUUCAGGUACCUUUAACAUCUCUGUUGUGGGCAAGAACGAGGUCAGCGAGAACAAAAGCGAAAUCACUGUAAUGGUCUUGGCGCCCAUUCAAGGGCUUUCCGUCAAUGCCAGCCAUGUCAACGUCCCUCUGAAUGCCUCGGUUCACUUCGAGGCUCACCUAGACCAAGGAGAUGAUGUGCGAUACUCGUGGAUCCUUUGCGACCGCUGCACUCCCAUUCAAGGCACACAGACUAUGUUCUACACCUUCCGAUCCGUUGGCAUGUUCAACGUCAUCGUAACUGGCGAGAAUUUCAUCAGCGCAGCCCAGGCUAGCAUCUUCAUAUUCGUGCAGAGAGAGCUGGAAGGCUUACAGAUCGUAUCUGACGAGCUUGGCGAAGGAUGUUGUUUUGCGACGAAUCGCAUACUUCACUUGCAGGCGGCUCUAAAAGAGGGAACAAACAUGUCGUUCAGUUGGAACCUUCUAAGAGAACAUGAGAAUACUGCUGCUCUCAAUCUCACAGGCAAGACCAUUGAACUCAACUACUUGACUCCUGGACCCUGUGAAGUCAUCCUGAAGGCUACUAACUUGCUUGGCCAGUUAGCUGUUAAUCGCACCAUCGAGUUUCUUGAUCCCGUUGGACGGCUGGUCCUUGAGGCCUUCCACAAUCCCACAGCCAUUGACACCCCCACAAACUUCACAGUCUUCACAGAUAUCGGAAGUGAUCUCCAGUACCGAUGGUCAGUUGAUGGUCAUCCUUUGCCAAUUAGCUUCGCAUCCAUCUUACACACCUUUGACAGUCCAGGGCUUAAGCGGGUGACAGUGGAGGUUUCAAACAGAGUAAGCCUGGAGACAUCUUCAGUGUCAAUCAGUGUGCAAGAGCCGAUUUCUGGGGUGACCUUCACCGCAACCAGUGUAACCGAGCAGAACUUUGUGGCUACCGGGGUCAGUGUGUCUCUGCAUGGCAAUAUCCAAACUGGAUCUGAUGUCUCAUGGAUGUGGACUUUACCGAAUGGAAAGAAAUCAAGCCAACAAUCCACAUCCUAUGUAUUUCCAACCCCUGGAACCUUCACGAUCACCUUGAAUGCAUCAAAUGACAUCAGUAGCAAAGUCCUGUCGAGAGACUUCUUUGUGCAAGACCGAAUUCAGGGGCUUGAAUUCAAGGCCAGCAAGCAGAACGUUGCAGUCGGAGAGAAUGUGGAGUUCACCAUCGCUGUCUCCUCUGGUACCUCCGUUAGCUACACCCUGAGCAUCAGCGGCGAUGCAACGGUCCACCCCAACAUGACCUACGUACACCAGUUCAGCAGGGUGGACAACUACUACGCCAAUUUGACUGCCAGCAACCAGAUAAGCUCGGAACGGAAAAACCUGCACAUUUGUGUGAUGGAGCCUAUCACCAAGCUCACCAUCCUGGACUGCUGUGAAGAAGCCAUACCUGUGGGUAUUCCCAAGACCUUCGAGGCUCAGGUAGCAACAGGCAAUCCCGUGACGUACUUGUGGACAUUUGACGUUCGUAACGGAGGCAAGGACUCAAAGUUAGGUUCCAGAGUGACCUACGUACAAGAUGAGCCAGGUUUUCUGACCAUCAGUGUGAGUGCCAUCAAUCCUCUGAGCGUUCAAAACGAGACCAAGAACCUUUACGUUCAGAACAUCCUAAAAUCUGCCUUUUUAGAAGCUCGACCUAAGGACACAUUUAUCAACAAAACAGUUACCUUCCAUGCCGAAGUUUUACCACUUUCAUCUUCUUCCUCUUUAAGCUACCAGUGGGACUUUGGUGAUGGAAGCUCUGGCUUCCAGUCCAGCACUUCAAGUACUAGUCAUGUCUAUUCUCUACCCGGCCGCUACAGGGCCCAAGUGAACAUCAGCAACCUGGUUAGCUCCGUUACUGCCCGUUUUGACGUCAACAUACGAGUGCUAGAGUGCAAAGAACCAGAGGUUCAGGUGGUCCAAGCUCCCAGGUUAGCUAUCUGGCGUUCCAAACCGGCUUUGGUGGAAGCGAAGGUAGAUUUGAAAAGUUGCGCUCGCUAUGACACGCAAUAUCUCUGGGAGAUCUUUUCCGCUUCAGACUGCCAAGAAAUAGAAAAGCAGCCGCCUCCACCCUUCAAAAUCCGUCUGCCUGCAGAGGUUGACGUCCGAAGGCCCCAACUAUCCCUUCCCAAGAUGGCUCUUUCUGCCGGGAACUACACCAUGGUCUUUUCCCUGUCCUACCAAGGCGUUCCCCUGAGGAAAGCCGCCUGCCUCCAGUUGUCGGUGAUGUCCGCCAAGUUGGUGCCCAUCAUUGAGGGCGGCACGUAUCGAGUCUGGUCCAAAACCCAGGACCUCCAGCUGAGCGCCGAGCAGUCGUACGACCCCAACCUUGAUCCCGAGAGUCAGACCCUACUCAACUACUACUGGGAGUGCGUCAACACCUCAAAGGGGGUCGCUCACUGCUCUACGCUGAACUUCGGGCUCGGUCCUCGUGGGCCGGUUCUGGGGAUCUCUGGAUCAGAGCUGGAGGUGGACGUAGAGUACACCUUCAGAUUAACCAUCAGCAAAGAGGCCAUGCCCUCAGAGUCCACCACCCAGAAGGUGUUGGUGAAGAGUGGGCGGAUCCCCAUCGUGUCUCUGGAGUGUGUGUCGUGUAAAGCUCAGUCUCGCUAUGAGAUCAGUCAGAACUCCUACGUCUACCUGGCUGGAACCUGCAGCAACUGCCAGGGAUCAUACAGAGGGAGCUGGACGGCGGUGAAUCACCGUAACGAGACGCUGAUCCUGGACCACAACACCACCACCACGGCCCAGGACAGCAUGAACCUGGUCCUGAGGAAGGGCUUCCUGCGGGACGGAGACUCCUACAUCUUCAGCCUGCACGUCUCCGACGACAGCAUGGACGGAGAGGGCGUGGCCUACAUCAAGCUUCGCCCCAACCUGCCGCCCGCCGGGGGGGCCUGUGUCCUGUGGGCCGAUAAGGAGGGUCCGGUGGUGCGCACACUCCUGGAGAAAGUGCACUUUAAAUGCACAGGUUAUGCUGAUCUGGAUGAGACGGAGUCUCCUCUGGUGUACAGUCUGCUGGUGUUGAGGUGUAACGGCUCGAACUGUGAGGAUUUCUGUGUGUAUAAAGGCACCAGUCCCGAGCACUCCGCCUUCCUGCCUCCUGGUUUUAGCUCCGCCCAGUACAGGGUGAUGGUCUCAGUCAUGGUGGAGGACCACCAGGGGGCGUCCGUCGUAGCCAUCAAGAAGAUGAUGGUGGUGGUGUUACCGGAUGCUCCUGAGGGGUACAGCAGUGUAGCUCAUUGGCUGAGUGAGCUGACGGACACCAGGCUGAAGGAGCUGCUGAAGCAGGGAGAUUCUCAGAGAGUCCGAGAACUCUCACUCGCCCUCAUCACUGUUCUCAAUGGGCACGAGCAGGCGGUGCGUAGGCGUGAGCGGGUGAGCCGGCAGGAGAGGCAGUACAGAGUGAGUGUGAGGGGGAACAUCACCAGAGCUCUGACAUCACUGGACCUGAACACCGUCAGCGACAUCCAGCAGACCUCCGCUGCUCUGGCACAGUGCACGGCGGUGAGUAGGGAGUUUGUGUGUGAGGAGUGUCAGACCAGCACUCUGAAUAAACUGGAGUCCAUGCUGGAGAUUCUUCAGACCGACACCAAGCAGGGAACAGUGACGCCUAAAGAGAUAGCAGAUAACAUCCUCAACAUCAUGGGUGAUCUGAUCCACCAGGUGAAUCAGGCUGCCUCUUCCUCACCUGCGGAGGAGUCUGAGGACGGUGGCUCCGCCCCCCUGCAGACCUCCUCUCCGGUGGAGGACCCGCCCCCUCUGCUGCGCGUGGCAGCGAAGGCGUACACGCUGUCGUCGGAGCUGAUGCGGAUCCUGAUGCUGUCGCGGGUUCUGAACGAGGAGCCGCUGGUUCUGCAGGGAACCGAGAUCGGCGCCACCGGGAAACGAGCCGACCCCCAGAGCCUGCUCUGCUACGGCCAGAGCCACGCCCCCGAGUGCCACCGCUUCUCCAUCCCCCACGCCUUCAACUCCAGCCUGGGGAGGGUCUCCGAGGGCGUCGUCCAGAUGCUCUUUCUGGUGGAGGCGAACCCCUUCCCCUUUAACUUUGUGCCGAACUACAAAGUCUCCACCGAGGUGGCGUCCAUGGAGUUCCGCACCGUCAACGGGACGCAGAUUCCCAUCCUGGACCUGGACGAGAGCCAGGCCAUCACGGUUGCCGUUAACAACGGCACGGCGGGGCAGGACGGCGAGGGGGCGGGGCCGGUGCUGCAGCCGGCCGGCGUGGUGAACGUCAGUCGCUGUGAGUCGGUGAUCAUCACGGUCAGCACGGGGAACACCAACCGACAUGCUGGAGUCUACGUCCAGCUCAACUUCAGCCUGGUGGAGGAUGGGCUUGACCCAGACCUGGCCAUCACAGCCUACCUCCACACCUCCAGAUGGCCCAGCGAGUACAACAGCACCGACAGGAAACACAUCACACUCAACAUGACGCGAGAGCAGAACCUGGACCACCAGUCCUACACCUUCUUCCUGUCUCCACUUGAGUACGACACCACUCAGGAUCACUACAUUAACGUGUCGGGAGGCUGCAGUGCUGAUUGGCCGGUUCGGGUGCAGCUGGAGGUGGGCGUGUUCACGGCUCUGUGUCAGUACUUCAGUGAACAGGCUCGGCUCUGGCAGACGGACGGGAUCGUCCCCCUGGCCCAGACCAGCGCGGGCCAGGCCGUCUGCAGCACCCGCCACCUCACCGCCUUCGCCGCCAGCCUCUUCGUCCCGCCCAACGCCGUCAGCUUCGUCAUCCACGACAUGUCUCCGAGCCGCAGUCUGGUGGUGGUGCUGGUGUGUGUGGUGUGUGUGCUGUGUUACGCUGUGGCGGGGGCUGUGAUGAGGAAGCUGGAUCAGAUGGAUCUGAGACGAGCCUCUGUGGUUCCGCUGUGUGGGAAAGACGGACUCUAUAAAUACGAGAUCCAGGUGAAGACCGGCUGGAGCAGAGGAGCAGGCACCACGGCUCACGUGGGCGUCAGCCUGCACGGCAGCGAGGGCCGCAGCGGGCACCGGCACCUGGACCGGGUCGGAGCGUUCACACGCAACAGCCUGGACAUCUUCCACAUCGCCACCGACACCAGCCUGGGCAGCGUGCUGAAGAUCCGGGCGUGGCACGACAACAAAGGUCUGUCUCCUGCCUGGUUGCUGCAGUAUGUUCUGGUGAAGGAUCUGCAGACAGGAAGCUCCUACUUCUUCCUGGUGGAGGAGUGGCUCUCUGUGGAUAAUGAGAAGACUGACGGCAGGGUGGAGAUCGAGGCCGAGGCUUCAGAAGAGGCGGAGCUCCGUCACUGGCCCCGCCUCCUCUCCUGGGAGCUCCAGAGGGCGGUGUGUGAGAGUCACAUGUGGUUGUCGUUGUGGGAGCGACCCCCUCGCAGCCCCUUCACCCGCCUGCAGAGGGCGACCUGCUGCUCCCUGCUGCUGCACCUUAUCCUACUCGCCAACACCGUGUGGUACGCCACCGUCGCCCACGGCAACAGCUCCCUCCCAGUCUCAGAGCAGGUGUCUCUGAGUGCAGAGUCUAUAGGAGUGGGCGUGGUCAGCUGUUUGGUGCUGUAUCCUCUCUACCUGCUCGUCUUCUGUCUCUUCAGGCUCAGCCGCAGCAAGGUGUCUGUUGAACAGCUCCCUCCUCAGGUGGAUCAGGAGUCUUUGGAAAUCGAUGAUUUUCUGGACAACUCCCUGACAGGAAGCUCCUUCCUCAUCUUCAACGGAAUCCCUACAGAGACGUACUCAGAGGAGACGAACAUCGAUCUGCCCACUCCCUCCUCUAAACGGUGGAGCAUGCCGGAUGCUGAUUGGCCGGAUGUGCUGACGGAGCCGUCGGUGGAGAUCCCGCCCCCCUCCUCAGGGUUUCCCCCUCGGCUGAAGAGAGGGCAGGGCAGCCGGCACCUGGGCGUGGACAUGACCUUUAACCCGGAGGAGGAGGAGCCUGUGGGGGGUCACGACCACAGGAACAAGUACUUCACCUCUUCAGAUGAGGAUCUAAUCAAGCGGAUCCUGGCGGACGGUCAGCUGCUGUCUCAGACGGACAGUGACAUGGCUGAUCUAUCCAGUAUUUUUGGAGAUAAGACGGAGGUGAUUCUGUUACAGAAGAUGAACGAGUCUGUUCCCCCUGCAGCUCUGCGCCGAGACCCCCCUAAAACUGCAUUCACCUCACGCACAGUGGUGACGGACGUGUGUAAGCCGAGGCCGUUUCCUCCUCUCUGCGGAUUGGCUGCUCUCUGGGGCAGCUGGGUGGUGCUAAUCCUUUCCACCAGUCUCUCGGUCUGGCUGGGGCGGAGCUUCAGCGAGGGCGUGGCUCUGAUGUGGCUCGUCUCCUGCAUCAGCAGCUUCAUGAUGUCAUUCUGCAUCCUGGAACCUCUCAAGGUGCUGAUGGAGGGGGUGUAUUUCGGGCUGCUGGUGGGCCGGCUGCGUCCGGAGGAGGGGGAUGUGUUGGUGGAUUGUCCGAGAGUGGAGCGGGUGGUCCAGAGAGUUCCCAGAGUGAGACCCCCACAGGGCUUCGCUCUCAACCAGGCCAGAGAGGAGGCCCGCAAGAUCCACCUGCUGCACAGCAUGCUGAAGGGUUUUCUGGUCUACAUGCUCUUCCUGCUGGUGGUUCUGCUUCUCAGCUACACCGACUCGUCUAAAGACCCCGAGCGGCUGAGACUCCACACUCAGCUACAGAGCUACCUCCACCCUCAGCGCUUCACCAACAUCAGCAGGCGUGAGGUGGUGUGGGAGUGGCUGUCUGAUUCUCUGUUGCCGCGGUUACUGGACAGCUCCGCCCUCAUGGAGGAGACGGGCAGCCUGCUGCUGGGAAAGCCACGCCUCCGGCAAAUCAGAUCACAACCAGUCUGCCCCACUAGCGGCCGUUUCCCAGCAUCCUCCUGGUUUGGGUGUGGUCCGGCAGGGUGGGCGGAGUCAGCGUAUGCUCAGAACUGGAGCCGCAGUGUUUCUCAGAGUAACGGGGUGUGGCACUGGGGUCAGGCGUCUGUGUACAGUAGUGGUGGAUUUGUACAGGAGCUCAGCAGAAGGAUGGAAGACUCUAGAUCCCUCAUACAGCAGCUCCACUCGCACCAGUGGCUGGAUCCACUGACGAGGGCGCUGUUCGUGGAGUUUUCUCUCUAUAACACAAACACAGACCUGCUGGCCGUCUUCACUCUGCUGCUGGAGUUUCCUGUAUCUGAGCGCGCUCAGUCCAGCCUGGACCUGAAAACCUGCAGCCUGCACACACUCCACCACGGCCUGGACCUCUCGCUCUUCCUCACGCUCCUUCUGAUGAUCUUCAUCAUUUACUUCUCGGUCAGAGAGGGCGUGGCCGCACACCGGCAGGGGCGGAGCUACUUCCUGCGGGUGUGGAACUUGGCGGGGAUGUGCACUCUGCUGCUGGCGGCCGUAGUCUCCGCCCUCCACCUAAGUCGCUCCGCCCUCGCUACCCGUCUGUGGGCCUCGUUCCUGCAGCAGCGCGAGUCCUUCACCGACUUCUUCCCUCUGGCCCAACAGAACCAGGUUCUGUCCCAACUCAACGCCACACUGCUCUUCCUGCUGGUGCUGAAGGCGUCUCAUCAGCUGAGGUUUCUGAGGGAGUGGGCGGUGUUUGGACGGACGUUGAGACGCUCGGUGUGGGAGCUGCUCGCCGCUGCUCUCGCUCUGCUGGUGCUGCUGCUGGCCUACUCACACAUGGGACACCUGCUCUUUCACUCCGUGUUAGAAGGCUACGCCACAGUCAGCUCCGCCUGCCUGUAUUUGCUGGGCUCUGGAAGCCGUGGUCUGUUCUCUUGGCGUCUGGACGGAGGCUCCUCCUCCUGCUCGGGUUCCUGUUUCGUGUUCCACGUCAGCUUCGCGGUGCUGCGCCUCGUCCUGCUGUGGCUGGCGACCUCUGCGCUGCUGAGGAACUAUCACCGCGUGAGGGCAGAGCUGUACCGGCCGGCCGUGGACCUGCAGGACUACGAGAUGGUGGAGCUCUUCCUGCGGCGCCUCAAGAUGUGGAUGGGUCUCAGCCGAACUAAAGAGUUCCGUCACAAGGUACGCUUUGAGGGUAUGGAACUUCCGCCAUCCCGAUCUUCAUCCACCAGUGACUGCAAGUCCCUUUGCCUGCCUCCUCUUGACGCCCCUGAAGCUCCCCCGUCCCCCGACAGCGUGGAUUGCGGCUCCGAGGCUUCUUGGCGACCAAUGUCCAGCAGCCCCUGCAGUCUGGUUGAGGCUCCUGGGCUCGGGAUGGGCCUCAGCUUAGGUCUAGGGAUGUUGGUAGGGGGACAAACCUGGAGAGAACGGGCAGAAACCGAAGCAACCCUACGAAGGGUCCUGCCAGCCUUUGAUGCCUUGCUGCUGCAACUGGACAGGGUUACCCAAGCCACGGAGGAACUGUACCACACCGAGUGCAGGCUUGAGAAGGUCCAGAGGAAAAGCCGGGGGCGUAGUCGCGGAAGUGUUGACUCUGCAGGACAGAGGAAACAUAGCAGAGGACACAGCAAGGGUUCCCAGACCAGAGCGCACAAGCACUCGCAUACAACGAGCAAAAGUUCUAAUAAAGCUGAGAGAAGCCUUGGCGCCGCUGAGAAGGUUAAGGUUCAUCGCAAAAGUGACAAAAGUUCUCACAAAAGUGAAAAGGUUCCAAGCAAGAGAGAUACUUUGCCUCCAGAUCCUCAACAGGACUUGUCGCCAAAGGGUACAAGUCCGCAAAGGACUGAUUUUGGUCCUCAUAAAGCACAAGCUAGUCCUGACAAAACGGAGGUACAUGCCAGUAAGACUGAAAAUAAUCCUCCCAAGGACAAUAAAGAGGAUUCAAGUCCGGUAAAGGUACAAGAAAGUGAACUGAAGCAGGCAGAAGCAAGUGCAGGCGCAGUAGAUGUUCCCCACAAGACUGCCAAAGGUCUUACUAAAGCUCCUGCCAAAGGUCCUACCAAAGGUCCUAAUAAGGCAGUCUCAAAAAUCCUAAAAGAUGCAGAGGUCGCUGGCUGUGCCAGCAAGCCGAUGCCCCCUCCAACUCCAAUACCCAAUCCAAACACUGCCCCUUCCAGUGCUUCCGGCUCAGCUAUCGCCACCCCAGUCCCAAUCCCUCGAGCCCUCGAAUGGUUCCCACCAAGCGAGGAGCUUCCCUCCAGCCUCUUCCAUCAUCCGGCGCACACCACCACUAUGCCUACACGCAAACGCAAGCACAAACCCCCACCCCUGAAAAACAAGGUCCACCCCAAUACAGACCGGCCGAUCUCAGGACACCCCAAACCUUGAGGAAAGCAAGGAUUCCAUUUGCUGGUACAUUGGAAAGAAAGGAUUACGUACGAUUGUAAGGAAGUCAGGUACAGAGACGAUAAAAGGUUGGCGAGCACUGGUGGACUCGUAGAGUCGAAGGUUUGUGCAUUCUUUGGUUUUUGAAAGGUUGCUGAGAGGGCGUCAGUGACAGCAGGUUUUGUCGCCAGGCCCUCCAGACUAGUCGAUUUCCUUUCCCGCAAUCUUACCAUCAAAAAAGAAAGCCAGCAAACCACCGAACCACAGAUGCCUUUUUGUCUCAGCCAAUCAAGUUCUCAGAGUAGCGGCUUGCGAUUCUGGGAAGUUAGCUUACGUUACACAGGUAGCAAUAAGGUGCUGGUCGCCUUGUUCGAUUCUACACUCAACAAAUUCAGCAAGCCUUAAGUCCCUCCUUGCCUUAAACUCCCUUUACCUUCAAAUGACCUCAGUCCAGCCUCACGACCCUGGAGGUCCGACGGGGCAAAACCGACAAGAGCACGUCUCGUGCCGUCAAAGCAAUGAAACGAACUCAGAGAAGUGGCAGGAAGUGACAUCGCAAGACAUGGCGAUGCCGUACAGUAUUCUGAGUUGAGUUGUCGAUUUGAGUUUGAGUUAUUGAGUUUUUGAUGCUUUAUAUGGUGUAUUGAUUUGAUCGAUUGAUUGAUUGAUAUGUGAUGUUUUUCAAUGUAUCAAAAAAAGGAAGGAAGCUACACAAGGUUAUGGGCGUACGUUUGUGCUUACGGCCCAUUGGUGCGGUCUAUUAAGAAGCUGAAAACACACACACACACAAACAUACAUACAUAGACUAACAUAUCAGCCUUAAGCACAUAGAUCUACGCUUGCAGGUACUUAUGCAUAAAGUUUCCUAUGCAUGCUUUUUAUAGGUAAAGUACAGGUAAACUAUAAUUCACACACAAACAACACAUGCACAUACACAUGCAAAUGGCAUGAAAUCAGUAUUUCUACACAUGAAUACUAUCAGGGUGCUAAAUAUAGUAUAGGGCUUAAGAAAAACGACUAUUCAAAAAUGUUCCUUUAAAAUUCUUUGUAGAAUUUUGUCGCAAAAAAACGACAAAAAUCACGUUCAACCCAAAAAGUAGAAAUAUUUGAGUUGCUCUGGAAUGGUUUUGAUUUUCUGGUUAAAAAUGCUGCAUAACUGAGCUGGACUCUGCUGUUGUAGCGAAUCUAAACUAGACAGGUUUAGGCAAGGCAGGUUUUAAACUACUAAUUAUGCGUAUCUAGGCUUGUAAAAAGUAAAAUUAAGAGAUUAAAACCAGGAAUGCGAAAUAAACCACCUUCUAAAUUCUUAUUGGGUUGAACAGGAUUUUGACCUUUACAUUCUGCAAAGUUUGCCCAAAGAAACAGCUUUGAAAGAACGUAUCGUCACUGUUGCACAAAAAAAAAAACCUUAUAUCUCCAAUUUUAAGUUUUUCUCCUUUUGACGUAGAGUUACAAGAAUCGGCUGGUCUUUUAACAUUGUGUCAGAAUUUUAAUAUGAACGGACAAAUAGAAAUGCUUUUUAAAAAAUGCUCUAAAAUCAUGAGUUCGGAUCCAAGAUCAUGCUGUUUCAGCAUCAGCAGCUGGACUCAGAGAGAGAACAACUGGCCAUGUGCUCUAGACUUGGAAAAGAGGGUGGAGUCCGACUUCAUAAGGGCUUUUUUUUUGGAGAUGAAAGGUUUGUGCACUUCAGUGAUAUUUGUGGGCGGAGCAUGAUAGCUAAUAGGUUUCUAAAUUGGUUUCUAUUGGUCCUCUGUUGAAAGUCUAUUCCAGUGUAGUAGAGAUGUAGAACGUGUCGGAGAGAGAAAUCUGAGGAAGGGAAGGUUAAAUGCGAGAUAAAGUUUACGUAAAGUUGGGAAAGAAAGAAAAAAAAAGGGAGAAAAGAUGAAAGGAUGACGGCAAAAGAAGGAUAAGGAAAAUUAAGUAAAGUAAUGGAUGAGCAAAGGAUGAAUAAGUUGGAAGGACUACAGGACCAUAUUCCUUUACGAUCAGGAACGUUAACAGAAGUCGUUAUAAAAGCGGUUAUAAUGCAUUAUUAAUUGUAAUAACUGUAACGUUACGUUAUAUUUUUUAUCUUUUGGUUUAUUGUGGCUUUAAAAUGUGUUGGAAUUCUAUUUAAAGAAGCACUUUGUAUUGAAGAUGUAUGUAAGAGAGAUCGCUUAGAAGAGAGUGAAUGUUUUAUUGUUACUUUUUUUUCGUAAAUAAGUUCGUAAAUAAGCUCGGUACCGAAGUCAGUACGAAAACGUUCGCUUCCAGAUCAUUACUCUGUAUAGGUUCUGCCAAAGCUUGCUACUCAUUUAAGCAUGGAGGGAUUUUUAUUUGAAUUAAAGCAGUGUUUUUUUUUAUAACUCGCACUUUAUUUCAGUGUUAAGCUUUUUUUACGCUACGCCAUAUUUAAGAACCCGUCUGUAACCAUGAUUGUUUUUCCCGCCCCUUUUAAGGAAAAAAAAAAUACUAGAACGUCUAAAUCUCGAGUAUUUUUGAGUAUUUCACAGUAUUUUACUUCAGGAAACGAAGAUCGAAUUAGUUUGCGUUUGUUGUUUGAAUUUGUUAAAAGUUAAAAGUGAAGAUGUUUCCUGAUUAAUACUAAUAAUAAUAUUAAUAAUAAUAAAUAACCCAUAAAAAUGAUUACGUUGUUUACCAUGCUGAUGCUCAGGGACUCUAAAGAACCCAAACCAGGACGAUAUAUAUUUUUGUUAAAGUAUGUUUUUAUGAUCUUGUUUGUCUCCUAUUGGAGGUGUGAAGGUCUCGCAAUGCAAACUGAAGUACAGGAGUGUUUAGAAACGUUUUAACCGCUAUAUUACUCUUAUGGAAAAGGAAAUAUAUGCAGAUAUGUAUUUUUAUACAUUUGAAAUGCAUUUUAAAUACAGUGAGUUCUUAGAAAAUACAUUUGACACUCUGAAAUAUAUUUCUUAAUAUUGCCUUUAUAGCAAAUGUAUUAUACAAACUAUUUAUAUAUUUGAAUUGACAGACAUAUAUAUUUUUUAAACAUAUAUUUGACAAAUAUGGAAUUGGCUAAUCAAUAUAUCUAAACACAGACUUUUAUCCGUUUUCAUACAUUGCACAAAUAUACAGCUCUGGAAAAAAAAAAUAAGAGAGCAUUUAAAAAUGAUGAGUUUCUUUGAUUUUACUAAUUUGAAAACCUCUGGAAUAUAAUCAAGAGGAAGAUGGAUGAUCACAAACCAUCAAACCACCAAACUGAACUGCUUGAAUUUUUGCACCAGGAGUGAUUAGCAUAAAGUUAUCCAAAAGCAGUGUGUAAGACUGGUGGAGGAUUUUUUUUUUUUUUUUUUUUUUUUUGGAAUUUUGGAGAAAUGUUAGCUGUAACUCUCUUAUUUUUCCAGAGCUGUAUUUGUUAUAAAAAAAAACCAAACUUUUUGGAAAUACAGUAUAUAUAUAUAUAUAUAUAUAUAUAUAUAUAUAUAUAUAUAUAUGCGCAAAAUGUAUUUUUAAAUAAAUGUUGGCAAUAUAGGAAAAUGGCAAAACAAAGAAUAAUAUAUAUUAGUGAUAAUAUAAUAAUAUAUUUAGGAAAACAUUUUAGUGUGUGAAAUGUAUUUUGGAAUGAAUUACUAUAAUAGCCUGUAUUGAAAAUGUAUAAAAAUAUACAUGUAUGUACAUAUAUGUUUUUCAUGUGUUGGAAAAAUAUAUAUAUAACCCAAAGCAGAAUCAAGAACAAAGUAGAGCAGUGAAGUUCAGACCUUCCUCAGUUAUUAUUGGCGGUUGCUAGUUUCUCCAGUUUCGAGUCUUUAUGCUCUUUUUGUGUUUCUGGUUUUGUAAAUAUCGCUGUGCUUUUAUGUAAAUAAUGCUUAAAACGCAUUUCCUCAUCUUUACGUCUGCUCACAGUAAUCUGCACUGACCACACUAACCUUCACUUUCACCUAAAAGUUACUGUACAUUUUAUUCUGCAUCUUAAAAACAUCAGAAUUUAGCUAAAAACGACUGUAGAAAGCAUGGACCAGGUAGCGUUCCUCGGAAUGAAGCAACCACAGGUCUAGCGCCUCUGCUGGCUGGUUGCAGUAUAACAUGUAGCUCCGCCUAUGCUCAUAUCUCUCACGGACAAAAAAAAAGCCCAACACUUUUUUUUCUCGUAUAUAAUAUCGUAAGAAGGCGGGGCUACACUUAAAAAUAAAGUGAUAGACUGCCAUCAUUGAGUUCAAAGCUGUCAGAGACACAUGGUCUGGGAGGAAAUGGAACCACAGCCAUGUUCACGUCCAUGUUUUCUACGGUCUACAGUCAUUGGUCUCAACAAAAGAUCACAAAUGAAGUCUGCUGGCUUGUGCUUUUUAUGUCAUCAUGCUAACGCUAAUGCUAAUGCGGUUCCAAAGAAAGUCGUUAAGUUUGUGUCAAAAAUUAAAGCAUAAAAUGUAUGUAUGUAUGUGUUGUAGUAUUCGUACUACUAGUUCACUCAAGUGCCAAAGCCAGUCUGCAUGCUUCAUGCUUCAAUGUAUUUUAGGGUUUUUUUUUUUGUGUUUUUUAUUUUAUUUUAUUUUUAAGUGUUUAACGUUAAAAGUUGUCGACUGCAGCGAUUGUGUGUACGUUGGUUUUGUGCUGUGUUUUAUCGUGCCGCUGUAAAAAAAUAAAAACAUUUUAUGUCUGUAGCACUUCAGCUAAAACGCUUUUGCACUCGACAAAGUCAAAUAAAGAGUUUGACAGCUAAACUCAGCGGA